AUGGCUUCUUCAAAUACCCCAGGAUUUAAAUAUUUAAAAUUUUUUAAACCAGAUUUCCAUACUGAAAUUGCCGAUUUACUUAAAGAAAGACUAACUUUAAAAGAUGUUAUCACUCUCGUGCUUCAAAAUCCAGACUGUGAAAAAGAAAUUUUAACUGAAGCGAAAGUAAAAGCUAUUAGAUUUGAUGCUGGUGAAAUGUUUGAUUUUGAGAAUGAAUAUGAUAUUCAAGAUGGAUGGAUUAUUACAGAUGAAGGUUCUGAAUGGUUCAAUGUAAAAGAAUUAAU